AUGAAGCUAAUUGGCCACAUCGAAAUUCAAGCAAGACACCGACCAGCUUACACGAGAGAAUAUAAACAAAAAGAUGAGUCGUACGGCCGUUCUCAUCCUGGAAGGAACUGGUCUUGCGUCAUUCCAGAUGCCUCAGCAGAAGAACAACUCUCUUCAUCUAAACCUCAGAACAUUGAAUCAAGCCCAUUGUUGCAUUCACUCCAAGCAGGCAAGACUAUAAAGAUAGACGACGGUGGCCUUCCACCAGUUCGGAGACAAAAAAGAACCUUUGGAAAAUGGCUCAGUGGGGGAUAUGGUGGAGGUGGCUGCGGAUAUGGCUGUGGAGGAGGAAGUCCUGGUGGCUAUGUCGCCUAUCCUGCCAAGGUGAUUGAGUUCACGGUGGUUAAAGGAGGUGGAGGAGGAGGCUGGGGCAAUACUGGUGGCUAUUACCCAGGCGGAGGAGGAGGAGGAGGAUGUGGCUAUGGCGGAUGUGGAGGGGGUAGUCCAGUUUACACUCAGUACCCUAGCGGAGGCAACGGAUGUGGUCCAGGAGGCUGUGGUGGUGGAGUUCCAAGUUAUACCCACUAUCCAAGCGGAGGAGGCGGUGGCAGCUGCAGUACCUGUGGGGGCGGCGGAGGAGGAGGGUCCUAUUCUCACUCUCAAGCUUCAGCAUCAAGCAGCUCAGGAUCGUGGUAA